GCGCCGGCUGCAAGGACCCGCUCCAUUCACAGAAACGCUGGCUCGCUCGCCGGCCCUUUCAUUCACACAAACAGCAUCUCAUUCAUAUUCUGUCGGUUUUUCUUUUUCUUUUUCUUUCUUUCUUUCUUUUUUUGUCUGCUUCUAAUGAAGAAGACCACGGUUUGGGAAUGGUGGGGCUGACUUGCUUCAGAUUGGAGGGGGACUCCAAUCACCAUCGAAAUCGUCCGUGGGGUGCGCAUCUGCUGUUGCUAUGCGAGCUAGAGGAAGGGAGAAAAGAGAGUGCGGGGUGGCUGUUCGGCUAGGGCUGCCGCGCGGUUGGAGAGCGGUGGGGACGCGUUUGCUGCGCCAGGGCGGGCCUGGCCGCUCUGCGCUUUUUCGUCCUCUGGAACCGGCCUCACUUGCACGCCCGCCACGGGUGGCUCUCCCUAAACUCCGUUCCCGGGGCUCCCAGAAAACCUGGGAACCGCAGUGCCACCCGAGAUCAGCCCUGGGCGUGAGAAGACUCAGGGUGACCUGCUAGUGUGCUAGAAGGCAAAUGCAUUCGCUUGCACAGAAGUUACCAGGAAACUUUGACAGCGAUUGACUUCUCUGUGGUGCAGGUGAUCUGACUUAACGCAUGAGGCCACCUGGCAGAGGCCACCGAGGAAGGGCUCAGUGGGUCUCAGAAUCUUGGACAGAUCCUCGGGGAGGCUGUCGAUGUUCUAUUCUCCCAAGCGUCAGGAAGAAGGCCUGUGUCCCUGCAAGCCUGGGCCCGACUCCCAAGGAAGAGGCCAUUCUUGCUGUGGAUUUGAUGGGCAGUUAGAGCAGCCGCAUUUUUUCCCCCUGCCUGACUGCAGGGCUGCAAGCAGCAACUGAAGGGACAUUGAAACGGAUUGGUAGUGCUACUAAGGCAUGCUUCCAGGGCUUAAACACAUUUACUUGGAAUAAAACUGGAAACGCGGCCCUCUUUUUUCUUUUUUUUUUUUGGCAUGGAUUUCUGGAGCCUGUUGCCGCUCAGCAAAGAAGCACUGUUUUUGUUUGUUUGUUUGUUUGUUUUUUGGAAGUAGAUUUUUCAACUGAACCCUAGCUGAGUACAUCUGCUGACUGCUGUAAAUUAUUAGGGAACACCCCCCCCCGCGCUGUACUGAGAAGAAAUUUCUGUGCUGAUUUUUUUUUUUUUUCGUGAGUUGGUACAGGAAUUGCACCGCCACAGAUAUUCGUCAUGGCUGCUCCGCUGCUCUGAACAAGAAAAGCAAACCACAGGAAACUGACAGAGGUUUUUUUUCUCUUCUUCUUCUUCUUUCUUAAAUAUUCAUCUGCGGGUGAAGGGUCCCCCCUCUUUUUCUUCCUACUUAAAAAUUCUUGCUACUUUCCAAAAGCAGGAUUCAUCAGGAUUCGCCUUGAAGACUUCUUAAAACGCCUUCGUCACAUUUGAAAGCAUCCCUGUCAGACACUUCUGGGCUUCAUCCACAUGAGCUGAGCAAAGGAAGAGCAAACCUUUGCACAGAAUAAUGGGUUGCGGAAAGUUCAAGAGAUCAUUUGACAGGACUGGAUUUACCUUUGGCACAGAUGCGGGAUGGGGAGGGGGUAGGUGAAAAGGCAAAAGACUGGAAGGAAAUAUCUGCGAAGGUAGAAAAAGGAAAUUUGAGAACUGAUUGGCUGUAGUUGCUGUCAGCGGGUGGAUGUCGUUUUCUUCUCUCUCUUUUUGCUACAGGAAGUGAUUUGCGGAGCUCACCGAGCCUUUGUUGAGAAGGGUCUCCUCAGAGUGAGUCACGCUUUUGCUGGGAGCAGCCCAGUGCAGCUGGCCGCUCGCUCCAUCAGCGGCAACUAUGACUUUUGCAAGGCAAGCGUUCCACCCCAACCCUCGGUCUCCAGGGCCCGCGCUGCGUGGCUGCUGCUCUGCUGCCUUGUAACGGUGAAAAGGGCUCGGUCGUCGGCCUCGGCUGUCCCUCUCCGGAAAGGCUGUCCUGGGACCCGGGCUCCUCGUCCCGCUCGGGGGACCGCGGCUCGUGUGCUAUGCGCGGCAGUCCGCGCCGGGGCCGGCAGCAGCAGCGCCCGGGUGGAUGCGGCGAGCCCACGGAGGGGCAUGCUUCCACGCACCAAGUACAACCGCUUCAGGAAUGACUCGGUGACAUCGGUCGAUGACCUUCUCCACAGCCUGUCGGUGAGCGGCAGCGGCGGCAAGGUCUCGGCGGAGCCCGCGGCGAGCCCCUACCUGGUGUCGGGCGAGGCGCUGCGCAAGGCGCCGGACGAUGGGCCCGGCAGCCUGGGCCACCUGCUCCACAAGGUGUCCCACUUGAAACUCUCCAGCUCCGGCCUGCGUGGCCUGUCGUCGGCCGCCCGGGAGCGGGCAGGAGCGCGGCUCUCGGGCAGCUGCAGCGCGCCCAGCCUGGCGGCCCCGGACGGCGGCAGCGCGACCCCCGGGUCCCGCGCCCCGGCCGCCAGCAUGAGUGCCACCAGGAAGAGCCGGGCUGGCGACGAGCCACUGCCCAGGCCCCCUCGGGGCGCGCCGCACACCAGCGACCAGGUGCUGGGGCCGGGAGUCACCUAUGUGGUCAAGUACUUGGGCUGCAUCGAAGUUCUGCGCUCAAUGAGGUCUCUUGACUUCAGUACAAGAACUCAGGUUACCAGGGAAGCCAUCAGCCGUGUCUGCGAAGCUGUGCCAGGUGCCAAAGGAGCCCUCAAGAAGAGAAAGCCGCCAAGUAAGAUGCUGUCCAGCAUCCUGGGCAAGAGCAACCUCCAGUUCGCAGGGAUGAGCAUCUCCCUGACCAUCUCCACCGCCAGCCUGAAUCUGCGCACUCCUGACUCCAAACAGAUCAUAGCGAACCAUCAUAUGCGGUCCAUCUCUUUCGCCUCAGGGGGAGACCCGGACACAACAGACUAUGUUGCCUACGUCGCUAAGGACCCUGUCAAUCGCAGAGCUUGCCACAUUCUGGAAUGCUGUGACGGGCUAGCCCAAGAUGUCAUUGGCUCCAUCGGACAAGCCUUUGAACUCCGGUUCAAACAGUAUUUGCAGUGCCCUUCCAAGGUUCCUGCCCUCCAGGACCGAAUGCAGAGUCUGGAUGAGCCGUGGACUGAAGAAGAGGGAGAUGGUUCUGAUCACCCAUACUACAACAGCGUUCCCACCAAGAUGCCUCCCCCAGGGGGGUUUCUGGAUGCUCGAUUGAAAGCUAGACCCCACGCUCCUGAGGCAGCCCAGUUUGCAGGAAAAGAGCAAACUUAUUACCAGGGAAGACACUUAGGAGAUGCAUUUGGUGAAGACUGGCAGCGAGCACCCACCAGGCAAGGCUCCUUGGACAUCUAUAGCACACCAGAAGGGAAAACUCACAUUCCUGUAGGAGAAACACCAACCUAUGUCAACACCCAGCCAGUCCCACCACAGGUUUGGCCAGCAGCGACCAGCAGCACGGAGAGCAGCCCCCGGAAGGACCUCUUUGACAUGAAGCCUUUCGAAGAUGCCCUGAGAAACCAGCCCCUGGGCCCUGUGUUGAGCAAAGCCGCGUCUGUGGAGUGCAUCAGCCCCAUCGCACCCAGAGCCCCGGAUGCCAGGAUGCUGGAGGAGCUUAACGCUGAGCCCUGGUACCAAGGAGAGAUGAGCAGGAAGGAGGCAGAGGCCCUGCUACGGGAAGAUGGCGACUUCCUAGUCAGAGAGAGUACCACCAACCCCGGCUCUUUUGUCCUCACGGGCAUGCGCAAUGGGCAGGCCAAGCACCUGCUGCUGGUGGACCCGGAAGGCACGAUUCGGACGAAGGACAGGGUCUUUGACAGCAUCAGCCACCUCAUCAAUUACCACCUCGAGAGCAGCCUGCCCAUUGUCUCUGCCGGGAGUGAGCUUUGUCUCCAGCAACCAGUGGAGAGGAAACCCUGAGCUUGCCCUGCGCCCCAGCCCCCAUACCUUACGCCAGGUCAGGAGGACCUGGGCUCUGCCGCUCUCAGCCUAUGGAAACGGGGGCAACUGUCUGUGGGCCCAUUACCUUUAAAAGCCCCCCAGGGAGGUUUCCUUCAAGUUCAAAUUUCAUAAAUGUGUUCACACGAUUCAGACAUGCUUAUUAGAAGUGUACAUACCCACACAUCCUGUACAAAUGGCCCCGAUAUUUAUAUUUUUUAAGACUAAGAGAGAUGUGAGAGACUAGUGCUCUAUGCUGUGUGUUUUUAGGGAGAGGCAGGUUCGGCUGUAGUUGUUCCGGGAAAAAUAUUAACUAACCUGUUCUACUGGGAAAUUUUGCUAGGAAGUUGUUCUUAGGUAAUAAGCACAAUUCAAGGCGAAUGCAGGUGAGCUGGCAGCUCCUGGACAAACAGAAUUGUGAGAGAAUAUGGCAGCAUGCUGCCCAAACAUCUGCCCCUGCUGAUAGAGCUUUGUGUGAGUGCUGGUUCCAGUCUGCAGCUCGGCUCAUGGUUGGCAGUGUCUCCUCCGGGGUGGUGGUACCUCCCCCAGCCCUGGCUUGCUGGGUGCUGCCAGGGAAUGCCCUGAAUUGACAUUGUGUGAGUGGGUUUUCUGCCACAGGAUGACCCACUGAAUCCCCCACUCCAAAGUAGAUGGUACUCUGGCUUGUUUGGGUCAUGUUUCAGCAUGGGGAACCUUUAACUUCAAGCGUGUGUGUGUGUGUGUGUGUGUGUGUGUGUGNAGAGAGAGAGAGAGAGAGAGAGAGAGAGAGAGGUACAGAAUAAGACUUAACAUGUCUGAUUGGCAAAUGCUUCCUUGUCAGCCUGCUGAUGAUGUGAAUGUCUGAGGAAGUAGAAUUGUGCAUAUUCCUGGUCUGUAGGUCCUUCAAGCCAAUGUGACCAUCACAGGCUUUGUAUGGAAGGUGCCAGUGAAGUGGCCUCCCACCUACCUCUCGUAGUCAGUAGAACAAAAAAAAAAAAAAA